AUGAACCCUCCCAAGUUUUAUGGGUCUAAGGUGGAUGAGGAUCCACAAGAUUUUAUUGAUGAGGUACACAAGAUUGUUGCUAUUAUGGAAGCACCACCAGAGAAGAAGGCAGAAUUCAUGACUCAUGUCGAGCAAAUUGAAGAGAAAAAUCUUAAGGAGGUUGCUAGGAUGACUAAGAAGGCCCGGAUUGAAGAUGGAUCAUCUUUUGAUAAUUCUUCAGUACCUAAGUAUCACAAGGAUAGGGUUCCUAACCCUAGGUAUCAAGGUGACAAUGAUAGUGGUCAAGCUUUUCUUGCAUGCCAAAAGUGUGGAAAGUACCAUCCGGGAGAUUGUUUAGCCAGUUCGGGUGUAUGUUUUGGUUAUGGUGUGAAGGAUCAUAAGUUGAGGCAUUUUUCAUGGGUUGCUAAGAAUGAUACAGAUAGUCAUUGA